UUUACUUUUUAAUUUUUUUAAAGGCAUAAAACUGGACUUAAAGAACUAGAAAUGCUUAGACGAUUAAAUGAUGCAGAUCCUGAUGAUAAAUUUCAUUGCUUACGAUUAUUCAGGCAUUUUUUUCAUAAACAACAUUUAUGCUUAGUGUUUGAACCAUUAAGUAUGAAUCUUAGGGAAGUUUUGAAGAAAUAUGGAAAAGAUGUUGGAUUACAUAUCAAAGCUGUCCGAUCUUAUAGUCAGCAACUAUUUUUAGCACUAAAACUUAUGAAAAGAUGCAAUAUUUUGCAUGCAGAUAUUAAGCCAGAUAAUAUUCUAGUUAAUGAAAGUAAAUUAGUACUGAAAUUAUGUGAUUUUGGUUCUGCUUCACACGUAGCAGAAAAUGAUAUAACACCUUAUCUUGUCAGCCGUUUUUACAGAGCUCCCGAAAUUAUUCUUGGAUUAGGAUAUGAUUUUGGAAUUGAUAUGUGGAGCGUUGGAUGUACGUUGUAUGAAUUAUACACAGGAAAAAUUAUGUUUGCUGGAAAAUCGAAUAAUCAAAUGUUAAAAUUUUUCAUGGAUUUAAAAGGAAAAUUUCCAAACAAAUUAAUACGAAAAGGUGCUUUUAGAGAACAACAUUUCGACAGUAAUUGUAACUUCUUAUCUCAUGAAGUUGAUAAAGUUACAGAAAGGGAGAAAGUUGUGGUUUUAACAAAUAUUAAUGCCAGCAGAGAUUUACAAGCUGAAUUAAUCGGUAGUCAGCGUUUACCGGAUGACCAGUAUCGGAAAGUUUGCCAGUUGAAAGAUCUUCUGGAAAAAAUACUAAUGCUAGAUACAGCAAAGAGAGUAUCAAUUAAUCAUGCUUUGACCCAUCCAUUUAUACAAGAAAAAAUAUAAGAUCUAACAAUAAAGAUGAAAAUGAAUUAAACAAAAGUGCAUUGCAUGUUAACGACAUCUGAAGAACUGAUUUGAAGAAUAAAUCACCUAUCCAUCAAAUACCAAGGACUUUUUGUGUAAUAGUCCCUAAUAAUUAUGCAUGAAGAUCAUGUGUGUAUUUUGAAGAGAUGAUUUUCAAAGCUGUGCGUAUAUACAAAUUGCAUGUUUAAAUACAUGCAUACAUUUAUAUAUUUAUAUGUUAUAUAUAUUCAGCCCUUAGCAUUAUAUAAUAUAAUGCCAAUUUAAUGUGUUUCGAUUUCACGACGUCGAAGUUUAUAUAUAAAUGUCCUGAUAAAUUGUAGAAUCAUAAAAGUUUUGAAUGUUUAAGAUAAUUUGUACAAAACUCCUCAUCUGUACAAGAGAUAGACAUUAAUGUACCGAGAACUGUCGAGAGUCAUUUUAAUGCCAUUCAUUUGUUUAGAAUGCAUCAUUGUCAUCAUCAUAGAUGUCAUCUUUCGUCCCUUACCAAACAAUGUUAAUAUUUGUGAAUCUUAUCAAUUAAUGACAGUGAAUGGAUUUUAUGCAAGCGAAUAGAUUUUUAGUAUUAAGCAUCCAUCCAUAGAGAAAUUAUGUAUCGGUUCUUUUUUUCAUUCAAAAGUAUUUAUAUUUGUGAAUAUGGGAGAUAAGUACGACACAGAAAAAGUAAUGGGUAAUUUUUCCUUUUAAGUUUGUUAGCGGUUGCUUACCCGGCGACUGAUCUUAAAAAUAUUGUGAAAUUGUCUAUUUAGAGAACAAUCAUCAUUAUUGUGUAUUUGAAGAUCAGUAGAGACAUUGUACAAUUUACAUCUGAUGUCACAUGUAAUUAUUGUCUGAUUACUUAUGCUUUUUUGUUACCCAUGUAGGUGUUAGAGGCCUGACGAGGUACUGAAUAAACAUCGCUCAAGCGAAAGCAGUAA